AUGCAGCUCAUAAAAGCCCAUAAAUUUCAAGAUUCAUAUUCAGUGCGCAACACUUGGAAUACAUCAAAGUUGUGGAUUAAUCCUACAUUUCCUCAAUCGGAAGAGUUUAAAUCACAAUUAAAUGUUGUUCGGGAUACUUGCUCUGAAAGGCUGACUCCAACCAUCUCUCAACAAAGUUACUCCGUUUCGGAUGAGUUAGACAAGGGCAUUGUUGAAGUUAAAACAAUUGCCCAAUUAGUGGAGUCCAUGCAAGAAGGUCCCUGUUGGAUUGUUGCAAGUAUAGAAAAUUUAGAACUUGGAAAAGGAUGGUCGUAUGUCAGUUGCAAGAAGUGUCAAAAGAAGGUGGAUAAAGUAGGAAACAUUUUUCAAUGCCCAAACCCCAAAUGUAAAAAUGAAGAUUACUCAGCACUUAUUAGGUACAAGCUUCAGGUUAGGGUAAUGGAUAGUACAGGAUCUAUUUCCCUAUUGCUUUGGGACCGCGAAGCCAUGUUUCUCAUAGGCAAAUCCGCAAAAGAAUUGAAGGAAGGAUUUCUUGAGAAUACUGGAGGUGUUGAUAGGUAUCCAUAUCCAGUAGAGCUGAACAAUGUUCUCCAAAGAAAACUCAUGUUUAAGGUUAUUGUCAAGAGUGAGAACAUUCAACUGCAAAAGAAAAUUUAUAGUGUUGUGAAGCUUACGGAUGAGGAGCAACUGAUAAAGAAAUAUAGUCCUGAUACACCUACAAAUGACUUAACUGAUUCUACUGAAGAGAAUGAGUUAAUCGAUAUUGCAAAUACACCUGCCAAGCUAAGUUUACCAAAUGUUGCAACACUGGUUGAAGAAGAUCCGAAUACACAGUUGUCAGGAAAUAAAAUCAAAAGACCAUUUAAGAAGAAGAAAACAGCAUAA